UUUCAGUGAGACCAUGAAUAAUGAAGAGAGCUUGGAGAAGAGAAACUCUAAAAAUUCUAGCAGUUUUGACUUUUGUGUACAUUUUUAUUAUGUUUUUGAUGCAAGUUCAGCUGCAUAUACAACAAGGAAAUGUUGAUUUUCUCAAUGAAGACCAGGAUCAUGUGAACAUUUUUAUUUUACCCAGACCUUACAAUUGUUACAGAGGGCCCAUGGUAUCAUAUGAUUCACAACAAACAGCUGACUUCCCUCUACAAGCUUCAAAUUCAAGGACCACAGAAAAUUGUAGCAUACCAUAUAACACUGCUGAUGUAGAGAUGGAGGCAUUAUGGCACACAUUGGAUGUAUCUUACCCCUUGGCUUUGUCUGUCAGUGGUUGGCUUGAUGUUAUUCGUGUACAUAUGUGGACCACGAAACGUCUUAAAGUCAUCAUUAUGCCCCACUCCCACCAGGAUCCAGGCUGGCUGAACACCUUUGACUUCUAUUUUGCCUCCAAUGCCAACAGGACCCUUAGCAUAAUAAUAGAUCAGCUCACAAGAAACAAUGAAUGGCGAUUUGUUUGGUCAGAAGUGUGCUGGUUGGAAAGAUGGUGGGAAAGUGCAACUCAAAAACAGAAAGAUGACAUAAAAAGGCUGAUAAUGAACGGUCAGUUUGAGAUCCUCUCUGGUGGCUGGGUCAUGUCAGAUGAAGCGGUGGUCCAUUACAGUGCCAUGUUAAAUCAACUGACUGAAGGUCAUCAGUGGCUUCUUACAAACAUUGGAACUCUACCAAAUAUCAGCUGGUCUGUUGAUCCAUUUGGACAUUCUCCAACCAUGGCUUAUUUACACAGAAGAAGUGGAAUCAAAGCAAUGGUGAUCCAAAGAAUUCAUUUUGGAAUCAAAAGAUAUUUGGCCAAAAAUCAGAUGUUAGAAUUCCAGUGGACGCAAUUAUGGGAUAGAGAUUCUUCUACAGAUAUAAUGACCCACGUUUUGCCUUUUCUUUCCUAUGCCAUUUCUCAUUCCUGUGGUCCAGAUUCACAUGUUUGCUGCAAGUUUGACUUUGGUCAGAAAAAGUGCUUUCAAGGCAGACAGAAAAUAUCAAGUCUUGAAAUUGAUGAUAGUAAUGUUAAGGAAAUGGCAUGGUUACUAUGGGAACAGUUUCAGAAGAAGGCUGAAUUAUUUCGUGAGAAUGUUCUCUUGGUGCCACAUGGAGAUGAUUUUAGAUACAGCAACCUGGAAGAAUGGGAACAACAGUUUGGAAACCUUCAGAAACUGAUGGCGUACAUAAAUGGCAAUUCUGAAAUGAAUACUCAGGUUAGAUUUGGGACCCUGUCCAAUUUUUUUGAGGAGCUUGGAAAGUCACAAACAAGACCCCCACCCUCCUUUAUGGGAGAUUUUUUCCCCUACUCUGACAGAAGAGAUCAAUACUGGACAGGCUUUUACACGACCCGGCCUUUUCUGAAAUAUGCGGCUCGAAGAAUUCAAAGCCUUCUGAGAUCUGUGGAAAUCUUGUAUGCUGCAUUAUUGGCAAAGACUAGGAAGGUCUCUGAGCAGUAUAAAACUGUGCUAAAACUGCUGCCAGAUCUAAGAAGAGGGAGACAAGAGUUAGCUUUAUUUCAGCAUCAUGAUGCUAUAACAGGAACUUCACGAUCAUCUGUGACCAGAAAUUAUAAAAACAGGUUGCAGCAUGCAUUCAACAAAUUGAAAACAUUAUUUGAGAAAGUUACAAUAUUUUACCUGGAUAGCGGUUUUGAGCUGGCACAAAAUUUUAAUGUGUCAAUGAUUGAUGAUUGGGACUCCAUUAUGACAAGCAAAUCACGACAAAAAAUCAUCUGCUUGUCAGAAAAAAGAGAAAUAGUAAUCUACAACCCUCUAGGACACAGAAGAAAGGAGCUCAUAUCACUGACUGUGGAUAGAGGUCAUGUCAAGGUCACCAAUAGCUCAACAUCCCUGGGGAUUCCCCACCAGAUCUCACCAGUCUGGGUGAAUGGAAGCUUCACGACAGAUUUUUAUGAAUUGUCAUUUGAAGUCAUCCUGCCAGCACUAUCCAUUUCCUUUAUAACUAUACAACAAGGGGAGGAAAAUCUGAAUGAUCAGACCAGACUAGUUCUUUUAAAAGAACCAAAAAACUUUUCCUUAGGUUCAAGGUUACCAGGAAUUGCUGUAGAAGUGGACAAAUCUCCAUAUAUCACCAUCAGCAAUACUUAUCUGACAGCCUACUUCUACACAUGCAAUGGGAGAUUACAGUAUAUAAAGCAGAAUUCUACUGGAUUUCUCUGGAGGUCAGAGGUCAAGUUUGUAACCUAUACUUCAGGAAAGGCAUGGUCUACACUGCUCAAGGACAAAGGAGGAGCAUACACUUUUGUCCCUGAUGGACCAGCAGAGACAUUCUCUGAACCAUUAGAGGCUUUAUUUCUCAUUGAUGGACCAUUGUUUUCAAGAGUUGUUACUGUUCAGGCCAGUGUGAUCCAAAGUUUUACGGUCCAUAAAACUUCUGGAUUGAUGAAAAGAGGGGUUUACAUAGAGAACUAUGCAAACAUUCAAAGCCUUGACAACACAGAGCUGAUGAUGCGAGUAGAAUCCGAUAUAGAAGGAUCGAAAAGUGAACUGUGCGUGGACCUAAAUGGUUUCCAGAUGCACAGAAAGGAGACAUUAACAAAGAGAGGUAUACAGGGGAACUUUUACCCCAUGACAACCAUGGCUUCUGUUGAAAAUGAAAGCAGCAAAUUAACUCUACUUACGACAUCCUCUAGAGGAGUGGCAAGUCUUUCACCAGGCUGGCUAGAGGUGGGAUUAGAUCGUAGAAUGCUACAGGACGACUGGCGAGGACUUGGCGAGGGAGUUACAGACAAUGUUCUCACCAGGAGCUCAUUUAUGCUGAUAUUUGAAAGAAAGUCAUCAAACAAGAUAUCUACAGCUUGUUUUCCAUCAUCUGUGGUCAGCCAGCUUUCUGAUGAACUAGAGAACCCCAGUAUUGUAGCACAAACAAAUUCUGUCUUCCAUGUCCAUCCACAACCACGCGUCUCAUUGAUCAAACAACCACACGUCUCAUUGAUCAAACAACCACAUGUCUCAUUGAUCAAACAGAGUCUUCCUUGUAACGUUCAUCUGAUCAACUUCAGAUACACAACCUCAAAUACAGAUGAUGAGAAAGAAAUAACCCAUUCCACAAAAGCUUCGUACUUGCUAGUGGUGCAUAAAAGGCAGUUUGAUUGCAACACAGCAUCAGAUAGCAAUAUUUGUACAAAUCCUGAGGUUUUUAGUUCAUGGGAUAUAUUUCUGGAUUGCUCAAUCAAAAAAGCAUGGGAGACAACUCUCACAGGAACUGUGAUAUUACAAGAAAUAAUGGAAUACCAGGAAGUCUCUUUUAAUCCAAUGGAAAUUAAAACUUUUAAGGUGCUCUGUCAUUAAUGUUUGAUUUCAUUUGCUUUUUAUACAUGUUUAAAUGCACAUGUGUAGUUACCAUUGAUUUUUUAAGUCACUUUUAUACAAAUUAUGCUAAAAUGGGGGAAAGGUGAACUUCAUUUUUGGAUUUUGAUCAAAUUGAAAAUUAUGACUAAAUGUCAUGUGUAUUGCUGUGCAAAGUAAAACUAUACAUAAAGGCCCUUUAAAACACUUAUC